GUAAAUAAACGUGUAAUGAUUGUGGCCCCUAAAAGAAAAAUAAAACGAUAGCUCCCACUGGCUUCCGGGCACUUGGACUUCGGGCUAUCUCCAUUCUUUUAGAUUUCUCCAAACGGUCUUCAAAUCUUUUCGUCUUCAAACCACCACGUGAGAAAAGAAUCCUCGGUUGAGGUAAGAGAGAGAAAUAGAUUUACAACAAGAGUUUAAGAGAUAAGGCACGACACGCAGGCCAUUAUGGCUGGACGAAGGACUAGACGUAACACCGCCGCUUCCGCCGAGUCGACGGUGAGGAGUGACCAGCCUGAACAAGGCAUUAUUGUUCCAGUCAACGGGCUGGAAACGGCGUUGAAUAAUGUGGCUAACAGGAUGGCCAACAUUAUGGAGCGCUUAGAUCAGGCUCUCCCUGGCCCAUCUGGCACCCGGAAUGUCCCUGCCGGGCAGCCCCGCCAGGCUUCAGUGCGGCAGAAGCACGGGGAGUCCCUGAAGAACUUCCUCGUCCGAUGGAGGAAAGAAUCCAGGGAGGUUGAAGGAACCGAUGAUAAAUCCAGGUUAGCCAUGUUCACGGCGGCAUUGCAUGAUGGUCUCCUUCAUACCGAUCUCACAACCCAUCCCCCGGAUACCUUUGAGAAAGCAAUGGUACGGGCAGGAAGGUAUGUGACUCUGGAGAAGAGGAAGGAGGAGAAGAAAGAGAAGAUUCCCAAGGAAGAAGAGAAGGCGGGAAACAAGAAGCCUUUCAAAAACAAGAAGCAGGGCUUCCCAGAUGGCCCGAAGGGCACGAGCCCCGGGACCUCGGAGAAGCACAAAUCUGCUAAUCCAGUGUUUACAUUACCGGUGGCUGAGGUCAUGGCCCAUGUUGCACAGCAGGGACUAAUGACAUAUCCAACCUAUUCCCAGAAGGUCUGCAAUGUGGAGGACACUGGGAAAUGGUGCGCUUACCAUCGCAAGAAAGAUCACAACACAGAAGAUUGUUAUACCUUGAAGAAUGAGAUGGCCAGGCUAAUCCAGCGGGGUCAUCUGAAGAAGUUUGUACAAGAUGGGGACGGGGGAAACCCCGGGAAUGCUCAGAACGGAAGGCGGAGAGAAGGGCAGGUGGCCCAAGCCGAGGCCCGGGAGAAACGCCACAUUGGACUCGAGGAUGAAGAGGAAGAUUCAGAACCCGCGCCACACCGACAGAAGAGGCACCAUGGGUGUAAUUACAUCAUUGGUGGGGACAUUGGUGGAGAUUUGGCCACAAGUCGGAAAAAGUGGGCUAGUGCGGCGAUGGUUAAUAAGGUGGCGGCCCCUGCCCAACCGGAAGGUAAGAGGCUGAAAACUGAGCCAAUUCUAUUUUCUAAUGCUAAUCUACCAGAAACGGGGGUCCCCCAUAGGGACGCUUUGGUGAUUACAAUUGAUAUAAUGGACUUGCUUAUCCACAAGACUUUUGUGGAUACGGGAAGUUCCGUUAACAUCAUGUAUAUGGAUACUUACAAGGCUCUGGGUCUGAUGAGAGAUGAGUUAUUACCCAUUAAGACUCCUCUGACCGGGUUCACAGGCGACUCUAUUGAACCGGAGGGGGCACUACAAGAAAAAUAUAGUUUAGCCGCAUUUAAUUUGCCACACUUAACUAAGUGUGGCAAUAAAAUUUAACACUUAAAGAUUCCCCAAAUUUAUAAGAGUUUUUAUACGUAAUUCCAUGUACCCACAUAAUUAAGUGUGCCAAAUGACUUAUAUAUACUUAAUUUAAGAAAGUGCAUUUAACUUA